AGCCAAAUGAACACUACACUGGUUAGCGAGAUAUAGAGCUCAUAGGUUAAAUAAUGAGCUGAUCAAACAACGAAAGUAUGAUUGAUGAUUUCUUUUUUCUUUUUUAAAAAAGUAUGAUAGAGCUAGCACCAGCUUCUCUCUAUAUAUAUAUAUCAUGUAAAAAACCUAGCUGUGUUUGCAAGAGCAAGCUAGUUACCAACACUCCUAUCUUGUUUUCCAUGUACCCACUAUUCAAACUGCUAAACGGUGUGUUUUUUAAAAAGUUUCUACACAAAAGUUGUUUAAAAAAAAUCAUAUUAAUCCAUUUUUGAAAAAAAUAGCUAAUACUUAAUUAAUCACUCCAUUUUCCGUGCGCACUUAAGUUCACUUUGGUCCCUCUAUUUGUCACCCAGUCUGAUUUUCGUCCCUUGAUCGCAAAACCGGGUACAAGUACAACAGGCCCCCAACUUACGAAACCGUUUAAAUAAGGUCCCUCGGCAGUAUUUGAACCCGAUUUUGGUUGAGGUGGCGCCUACGUGGAAAAUUUGACUCGAUCUUCAUCUGAUAUGGCAUUGACGUGGCGCUUACGUGGCAAAUCGAUCUGAAAAAUAAUAAAACCUAUGGGACCCACAUGUUAGUUUCACAUACACAAUAAUAGAAAAAUGGUGGGGCCCACGUGGUCCCCACCUAUCAUCCUCACUACCCUUCUCUCUAUCUUCUCUCCUUCCUCCUCUCUAUAUCCCCCACUCUCUCUCCCCUGAGAAUGGCGAACGGCAGCAGGCGGCGCAGAGGGGCGGCGAUGGAGCUGAGAGGCGGUAGGUCACAGAUGGAGCGGCGGCGAGCAGCGGGUGGAGCGCGACGACAACCACUGCGGUGUUUCCGAAGACGAUGACGACGACGACGCUCUGCCCAGAACUCGCGUCCGUCCUAUCCUCGCCCGUCCGCCGCACGCCGCUCCUCCUUGGCGGCCGCUGCGCGGCGACCCUCAUCGCUCGGCCGCCGUACACCACCUCCCUCCUUGCCCGACACGGGAGGCAGUCGGCACGGAUGGGCGGCUCUAGCUGCGUUGGCAGGAGAGAGAGAAGAGGGAGGCAUCGUGCCUACACAAGGAGACGAAGACUCAACCGCCACGUGGCCGGCGUUUGCACCCAGCGCGAGUGAGGAGCCGGAGGAGGAGAGCCCUUCCGCCGAGCCAACUGAGGAGCCAUCCGCCGCCGCCGCCAUCUCCCAGACCGCGGCCACCGUCAGCGAGGGCCCCGUGGGAGCUCCCGGCCCCGAGGCUGCCGAGGAGGAGAGCGCGCGGCGCUAGUACCAUGCAACAUGGCAGCCUCCCCGCCGCGGUGCCAUCGCCGCCACCGCGUAAGCCUCCGGGGAGCGGCGGUAGUUGACGGGGAACACCCGCCCCGACAUACCUGGCGAUGCGGCGGCCGCCCCACUUCGGCCGCUGCCGCUCCUUGCCCGCCCCACUCCGGCCGCCGCCGCUCCUCCCUGCCACCGGCACUGCUCCGGCCCGCCGCUCCGACUGGAGAGAGAGAAGAGGGAGAGAGAGGAUAGAGAGAGAGAGGAUAGAGAGAAGGGGUAGUGAGGAUGACUGGUGGGGUCCAUGUGGGCCCCACCAUUUUUUUUUAUUGUUGUGUAUGUGAAACUGACAUGUGGGUCCCAAAGGUUUUAUCUUUUUUCGGAUCGAAUUGCCACGUAAGCGCCACGUUAAUGCCACGUCAGAUGAAGACCGAGUCAAAUUUGCCACGUAGGCGUCACCUCAGCCAAAACCGGGGCCAAAUACUGCCGAGGGACCUUAUUUAAACGGUUUCGUAAGUUGGGGGACCUGUUGUACCUGGUUUUGCGAUCGAGGGAUGAAAAUCAGACUGGUCGACAAAUAGAGGGAGCCAAAGUGAACUUAUUCUAAGAAAGAAAUAGUGUACUACUAUGUGUGGACUAGCAAUCGUGCAUGGCCCAGAAAGUUUUAGGCUUCAGGUUGCCAGGCCAGCCCGGCCUGCGAGAAUGGAAUACCAAAGAAUAGAUUUGUGGAAGAAGUUCAAUGUUCGUCCCUUAUCUAAGGGUCGAGUUUCAAUCAUGUCCCUCAACUGCAAAACUAAAUCUAACACAUCUCUUAUCUUACAAAACUGGUGUAAGAUCUAGUUGCCUAGAUAAGUUUUGGUGAUUAAUGAUAACAUGUUCUGAAACUAACUAUUGCUAUGAGUUUUAGUAAUAGGUUAUGUUCCGGCAUCAAGUAAAAAAAGGUUGAUGGCUUAUAUGUUAAGGAUCAGUGAUAAGAUUAUAGUCUAAUAAAGAGAGAUGAUACCUCACAUAUUACCAAUAUCUAAAUAAUUUGCAUGUGGGGAUGAGAUCGACAUGCACGGAUGGAGGAGGGACACGAGCUCGAUCGAUCGAUCAUGGCGGGACGCAUGUCAUGCCAUGUCGCGCCCAAAAAUAGGUUCUCCUCCUCCCACCUCCCGCCCGACAAUCGAGCGGCAUCGAUCGAUCGACGACGUACGACCCACCGACCGAUGGCCGACCACGCCGUGCACGUCCUCUCGCCGCCGUGCGUCUGCGCCACCCUCGUCGGAGCCGCCUCCUUCUCCUCCCUCCGUGCCGCCGCCGCCGCCGCCGCCGCGAGCGGCGAUGGUCAUCGUGGCCGGGAGCGGCAGAAGGAGGAGGCGGCCGCGGCGGCGUGCUCGCCGUGGGAGGACGCGGUGAUCGCGGCGGGGAUGAUGGGGGUGCAGCUCGCCGGGGCGGCGUACAUGGUGGUGCUCGCGCCGGCGAUGGAGCGGGGGCUCGACCCGCUCUUCCUCGUCACGUUCGGGAGCCUGGCCAACGCGGCGUUCACGCUCCCGUUCUCCGUCGCGCUGGAGCGGCGCCUCCUGUGGCCGCCGGCGGAGCAGCUGCUCACCGGCCGGCUCCUGCUCCGCUUCGUGCUCCUCGCGCUCGGCGGCGUCACGGGGUUCCAGGCGCUGAUGCUGCAGGGGAUGAAGCGGACGUCCCCCGCCAUCGCCGCCGCCAUGCCCAACCUCACCCCGGGCUUCAUCUUCGUCGUCGCCGCGUCCCUCGGCCUCGAGCGCGUCCGCCUCCGCUGCUGCUACACCUGGGCCAAGAUCGUCGGCACCGCGCUCUGCCUCGGCGGCGCCAUCACCAUGAGCGUCAUCCAGAGCGCCACGGCGCCGCCGUACUCGCCGUCGCCGUCGUCGGGGUGGGCGGCGGGGUGCUUCUGCCUGCUGGGCGCCGUGGUGGUGGUGUCGUGCACCACCGUGCUGCAGGCGGCGACGAUGGUGGGGUUCCCGGCGCCGAUCACGCUGUGCACCGUGACGUCGUUCCUGGGGGCGGCGCUGACGGCGGCGCUGCAGCUGGUGGCGCGGGGGAGCCUGGCCGGCACCGGCGCGGGGGCGGGGGUCGUGGGGCUCCGCGCCGUGCUGGCGCUGGUGCUCGUCGGCGGCGUGGUGAGCUCGGCGUGCGUGGCGUUCCAGGCGUGGGCGCUGAAGAAGAAGGGCCCCGUGGUGGUGUCCAUGUUCAGCCCCACGCAGACCGUCGGCUCCGCCGUCUUCUCGGCCAUCUUCCUCGGCAGAGUCGUCAAGCCUGGAAGUGUGGUAGGGAUGAUUCUCCUCUUCUCGGGGCUGUAUGUGGUGCUAUGGGCAAAGAAGAAAGAGACCACCAUCAUCAACAGCGACGACUCAUCCAUGGCAGUGGCGACCAAGGAUGGCGACGACCCAGAAAAGCAGCCACUCUUAUCUCGACGACACUAAUACUCUCUCACCUUCACUAAGCUAGCUAGUUGAUUAAUUAGCUAGUGUUUAAUCUUAUGUAAGCUCUUAUGUAUAUUAUGCACAUGUGAUUAGUCCUCGGCUUAAUUUCGUUUGUAUGGAUGGCAGCUUAUGAUGUUUUUUAGAUUAUGGUAGAUUAAUUGUACUUAAAUCGACAUUUCUUUUUGCUAUAAAUACACCAUGAGAUUUAGAUUAUUUUGUUUCAUAUUGUAUUCUGCAUUAGCCUGCAGUAUGCAUUUUUAUGCUAAUGAAGACAGUAUGCAUUGUUAUAUGCUAAUGAAGAUCAUUUUUUUUCAA